AAGUUUUCGAGGAUUUCGUGCAAAACAUUCUUGUGGUUCAAACAGGUGAAAAAAAGCCCGCUUUGUUGUGGAAAACAUACUCAAUUUGUGCCCAAGAACGCAUGGAUCAAUUGGAUGCAGUUGAAUGUGUCCAAAAUUGGGUGUAUCGCGACUUUUUCGCACAACCUCCGCCGUACACAUUUGUCGCCUUUGAGUGCUCCGAGAAAUAAGAUGGCGACUGAAAAUUAGAGAUAUUUUUCUCGCCCCCAAAGUAGAGAAAAUCUUGUGAAAAUUACCAUCACGUGUGCGAAUACUAAUAAUGCCAAAACCAUUUAAAGUGUUUCUAUGUGAUACAGAUAAGAAUUUUGGUGUUAAAAUCAUCGGACACAAGAGAUAUUCGUAUUUUUUUACGUAAUCAAUAAAAUGAAUCAGGGUCCUCCCUGGUUGCUUUUUUGUGAAAAAGGGUGUGGCUGCCAUUGAGGAGUCACGGGAAAAAAGACACUUCUCCAGAGUCUACAAAGUCAUUGUUUACCAGGAUAAAAAUGCCUAAAAAUGCGAAAGCGGACAAAAGUGAUUCCGAUAAUGAGUCCAGCAGUGAUAAUAGCAAAAGUGAAUCGAGUUCGGAAUCCGAAAGUGAAUCGGAUUCGGGUACAUCGAGUUCGGGAUCUAGCCAGAAAUCGGAGGGAUCGCAGAGCGAGAGUCCCGUGAAGUCUCCACUCGAUCAGUCGAAGGACAACAAGAGCCACAACACCUCAGAGGACGACAACAUCGGGAAGAACAGCGAAGAAGAUGAGGAGGAUUCGAGUGAUGAUGAUAUUUACACAAAUACCCGCACAGGAAAUCGUGGGGAUUAUCAGAAUUCGGAGAAAAGUAGUCCCGAUGACGAUGAGGAUUACAAAUACCGACGAAAACCACCCCCAAAGAAGAAAGCCCCGCCCACCAGAACCCAGAGUCGUCCGAAAAAGAAAAACAAUCGGUGGCACUCGGGCACGUCGGACAGCGUGAGUGAGAGUGAGGAGGAUUCAGCGUCGUAUCGACGCUCUGCGGUGACCUCAAAGAAGCGCCCGGUGAAGAAGAGGGUGAGGAAUAACUACUCCUCGGACGCGUACAGCGACAGUGAGGAUGAUAAGAAGCGCGGUGGUUCGCGGCGCGCCGCCACGACGACCGUGAGUUACAAGGAGGCGAGUGACGAUGAGAAGACUGGCUCAGAGGACUUGAUUGACGUGGACUAUGUGGAGUCACCGCCGGCGGACGCGGAGGCGAACAAGUCGGAGACGAUCGAGAGGAUCAUUGGGCGGCGGGAGGGGAAGAAGGGCGUGACGGGGAACCAGACGACGGUGUAUGCGAUAGAGGAGGCCGGCGUGGAUCCCAAUGAGGUGGGCGAUGAUGAGACGGAGGAGCAGUUUCUCAUCAAGUGGAAGGGAUGGUCGCACAUUCACAACACAUGGGAGAGUCAGGAUUCGCUGAGGGAGCAGAAGGUGAAGGGGCUGAAGAAGCUGGAGAAUUACAUCAAGCGCGAGACGGAUAUUGAGAUGUGGCGACGGAAUGCUGGUCCGGAGGACAUUGACUACUUUGAGUGUCAGAUGGAGUUGCAGCAGGAGUUGCUGAAGAGCUACAACUAUGUGGAUAGGAUAAUUGCGCAGACGGUGCGGAGUGACGGUGGCAUUGAUUACUAUUGCAAAUGGGAAUCAUUGCCGUACUCUGAGGCAACGUGGGAAGAUGCGAGCCUAGUCAGCCGAAAGUGGCCACAGAAGAUUAAUGAGUUCAACGAUCGGGAGGCAUCGAAGAAGACCCCAUCGAGGCAUUGCAAGGCACUGAAGUAUCGGCCAAAGUUUCACCAUUUGAAGACACAGCCAGACUUUCUCGGUGGCACUGAUCUCAUCUUGCGUGACUAUCAAAUGGAUGGUCUCAAUUGGCUGAUAUUGUCGUGGUGCAAGGAGAAUUCGGUGAUUCUGGCCGAUGAAAUGGGAUUGGGAAAGACAAUUCAGACCAUUUGCUUCUUAUUUUACCUGUUCAAGGUGCAAUCCCUCCACGGUCCGUUCCUCUGUGUCGUGCCACUCAGUACAAUGACCGCGUGGCAGCGGGAAUUCACUCUGUGGGCACCGGAGAUGAACAUUGUCACCUAUUUGGGUGAUGUGCAGUCGCGUGAGAUCAUUCGCCAGUACGAGUGGUCAUUUGCAUCGUCCAAGAGACUAAAAUUCAAUGCCAUUCUCACGACUUAUGAGAUUUUGCUGAAGGACAAGAUGUUCCUGGGGUGUUUGAGUUGGGCAGCACUGCUGGUGGAUGAAGCACAUCGACUUAAGAAUGAUGACUCCUUGUUGUACAAGGCGCUGAAGGAUUUUGACACGAAUCACAGACUCCUCAUCACAGGCACACCGCUGCAGAACUCUCUGAAGGAAUUGUGGGCACUUCUGCACUUCAUUAUGCCAUCGAAGUUUGAGACGUGGGAACAAUUUGAGCGAGAGCACGGCCAUGCGGCAGAUAAGGGAUAUACAAUGCUGCACAGUCAAUUGGAGCCAUACAUUCUCAGGCGUGUGAAGAAGGAUGUGGAGAAGAGUCUGCCGGCGAAGGUGGAGCAGAUCUUGAGGGUGGAGAUGACAUCAAUUCAGAAGCAAUACUACAAGUGGAUCCUCACGAAGAACUUCAAUGCACUAAGGAAGGGUGUGAAGGGAUCGAUGUCGACAUUUCUCAAUAUUGUUAUCGAACUGAAGAAGUGCUGCAAUCAUGCUGUUCUGAUUCGGCCACUUGAGUAUGAGGCGCAGAUGACGCAAGAGGAUGCGGCGCAGCAACUGCUGCGCGGAUCAGGGAAAUUGGUGUUGUUGGAUAAGUUGCUGUGUCGCCUGAAGGAGACGGGCCAUCGUGUGUUGAUAUUUUCACAAAUGGUGCGAAUGCUAGACAUUCUGGCAGAGUAUCUGCAGAAGAGGCACUUUCCCUUUCAGCGAUUGGACGGAAGUAUCAAAGGUGAAUUGAGGAAGCAGGCGUUGGAUCACUUCAAUGCUGAAGGUUCGCCGGAUUUUGCAUUUCUCCUGUCCACUCGUGCCGGUGGUUUGGGCAUAAAUCUCGCCACGGCGGACACAGUGAUAAUUUUCGAUUCGGACUGGAAUCCACAGAAUGACUUGCAAGCACAAGCAAGAGCUCAUCGCAUUGGCCAGAAGAAUCAGGUGAAUAUCUAUCGAUUGGUCACGGCGCGAAGUGUGGAGGAGGAGAUUGUUGAGCGGGCGAAACAGAAGAUGGUUCUGGAUCAUCUGGUGAUACAGCGAAUGGAUACAACGGGCAGAACUGUGCUGGAUAAGGCGAGCAACAGUAAUACCACGCCAUUCAACAAGGAGGACUUGUCGGCCAUUCUCAAGUUUGGCGCUGAGGAGUUGUUCAAGGAUGAACAGGAGAAUGAUGAUGAUCUCGUGUGUGACAUUGAUGAGAUCCUGAGGCGGGCGGAGACGCGUGAUGAGGGACCAACGAUGGCGGGUGAUGAGCUACUGAGUGCCUUCAAGGUGGCCAGUUUUGCGGCAUUUGAGGAGGACAAGCAACAGAGUCCGAUGGAUUCGAAUGCUGAUGAUCAGCAUGAUGGCGAUACGAAGGAUUGGGAUGAUAUAAUACCCGAAGACUUCCGGAAGGCUGUUGAGGAGCAGGAGAAGAACAAAGAAAUGGAGGAUUUGUACUUGCCGCCCAGGCGAAAGACUCUCCAUCAGAUCAAUCAGGCGAAUGAUUCUGGUGGCGCGUCAUUUGGUGGGAAGAAGAAGCGAAAGCGUCAGACAGAUGAUUCAGAUGAUGGCAGUGAAGUGAGUGCUGAGGAUCGACCGAAGAAGAGAGGAAGGCCGCCGAUAAAGGAGAAGAUUCUCAAUUUUACGGAUCAGGAGUUGAGGCGAUUCAUCCGGAGCUACAAGAAGUUCCCGGUGCCACUUAAGAGACUGGAAGCUAUUGCAUGUGAUGCGGAGUUGCAGGAGAAACCUCUGGCUGAGUUGAAGAAGAUAGGCGAGAUGCUGCGAAAGAGAUGUGUCACAUUUCUUGAUGAACAUUCCAAGGAGAAUGACAAUGAUGCAAAUGGGGUGAAGAAGCGAGGAGCAAGAGCGGGAUUCUCGGUGAAAUUUGGCGGUGUAUCAUUCAAUGCUCGCACUCUGAUGGCGUGCGAAGAGGAACUUCAGCCGCUGGAUGAAGUGAUUCCGGGCUCGGCGGAGGAGAGAUUGAAGUGGGUGCUGGAGAUUAAGACCCGUCCGGCGAACUUUGAUGUGGAAUGGCUGGUGGAGGAGGACUCGAAGCUCUUAUGUGGCAUAUAUCAAUACGGCAUUGGUUCAUGGGAGGCGAUGAAGAUGGAUCCGUCAUUGGGAUUGUCGGAGAAGAUUCUCUCAAAUGACAACAAGAAGCCGCAGGCGAAGCAUUUGCAAUCUCGGGCAGAGUAUCUGCUGAAGAUCAUCAGGAAGAAUGUGGAGUUGAAGAAGGGGAUUAUGAAGCAGAAGAGGCCGCGGAAGGCCAAGGAGGCGGCCAAGGUGGUGUCCAAGGAGAUUGUUGAGCAUGAGGAUGCCUCGUCGGGAGAAGAGAAGAAGCACAUGACGAAGAAGGAGAAGCGAAUCUCCGAGGCGGACUCUACGAGUGUCAACAAUGUUGAGGAGAAUUCGUCGAAUGGUGUGAAGGCGCCGAUUGAGAAGAAGACAAGAAUGAAGCAUCCCAAGGAGUCAAAGAAGGCGAAGAAGAGGAACUCCGAUGGGCCAAUGCACUUUACGGCCAACAAUGAACCCCGAGCAUUGGUGGUUCUCGGUGAUCUCGAUCCGUCGGUGUUCAAUGAGUGCAAGGAGAAGAUGCGACCGGUGAAGAAGGCUCUCAAGGCUCUGGACAAUCCUGACCAGAGCUUGAGUACGCAGGAGCAAGUGAAUCACACGAGGGCUUGUCUGUUGAGCAUAGGAAAGCAAAUUGAUGAGUGUCUGUCACAGUAUCGCGAUCCGGACAAAGUGAAGGAAUGGCGAAGCAAUUUGUGGUACUUUGUGUCGAAAUUCACGGAAUUUGAUGCGAAGAAGUUGUUUAAAUUGUACAAACAUGCUCUCAAGAAGAAUGAUGAUAAAGAUAAGACUGCGGAGAAUCUGGAGAUGGGCGUCAAGUCUUCACCUGUGAAGGUGAUGAAGAGCGAGGCGUCGACGAACAGCAAUGAUGCGGAGAAUUCGGAGAGGCGGCGCGAGAGGAAGGAUGGCAAGAGGCGACAUCAGGCGCAACAGCAGGGCGGAUCGUCGUCGGGCGCGGGCGUGAGUAGGACGAAGGAUGGCGGCAGGAGUGACCAGAAGAUGGAGGGCAACAAUGUUGAAAUUGAUAGUGGAAAGCGACGCCUGGAGGAGGGUGAAUGUGAGCCGGAUGGAAAGGAUUCGAUCAACUACAAUAAAAGACUGAAUUCGGAUUCAAGGAUCCGCGAUAAGGAUGAGAGGAAGGAUAGAAAGUGGGAUGACUACAAUUCUGGGAGUGAUCGCAUAAGGAAUAGACGAAAUUCUGGAUGUCAAUUGUCGCCACUGAUGUCUUUGCCACGAUCAGCUCCGAUAUCAUCUGUCAAUCAGAGAGUUCCUAUGUAUCAAGGUGAUCUGCGAGAUGGGCGAUUGCCUUAUUCCGACCCCUCGCUGGAUCCGCGCUGGAAUGUCAGGGACAGGUUCAAUGAUCACAAGAGAUACGAGUACGGAAGACCGUCUGGCGGAGGAGGAUAUCACAGGGAGCGAGAUCAUCGUGACAGGGAUCGUAGAAUAGAUAAGAGAAGAUAUCCAUCUGGCCAUGGGAAUUACGGGAGCGGACUCUACCUGCCGCCGGGAUCUUACUACCAGUCUCCGGGCGACAUGCCUUCUGGCUAUCGGGAUCGCUACGCCUUGCCGGGCGGUAGUUCGAUUGACUGGAACAGAGAUCGAGAGUAUGUUGACUACCGUCGUGAAUAUGAUCGCCGACAGCCGCCGGCGAACUCGCAGUAGAGCGGCGGACAGACAUUUAAGAAAGAGAGUAGCUGAACUAGGUUUUAUCAUUAAGACGAAGGGAAUGCAGAAUGAGAGUUAGAAGAGGAAAAAAGUGUUGGAGGAAGAAUUGUGAAUGCAAAGAAUGUGUUUCUCUGGGAGAGGAAUUUGAGUUGACAAUUAUAGUGCAUUUUCUUUUUCUACGAACGCAGUGGACUUUUGCGGGGACGGAAGAAAAAUAAAAAAUCACGAGAACAAAGAGAAUUGCAAAAAUGUGUAUUAUUUGUAAUAUUAGGCGUUUUUGUGAAUAUAUAGGAAGAAAAAGAUAAAAAAAAAAGAAAAUCAGGUGGAAUUAUUUAAAGGGGAGAAAUGUUUAGAACAAGAGUUAGGAUUAAUGAAUGAAGUGUGAAUGAUUUCCAAAGGGGAGAAAAAGAGGAUGGAACAUAAAUUGAACCAUGCUGAGGAAUGUGUGCAUGUUGCAUAGGAUAUUAUAAUUUAAAUAACGAGAGAAUAGGAAAUGAAUUAUGUAAAUAAAUACAAUAAGACGAUAAGUUUUAAGUUUGCCAAUAAAGAGACAGAUAAAUAUUCA